AUGGUUCCCACGGUAGCUUCUUCGAUUGUUGCUUUCCUCCUUUUGGUUGCCCCCAGUCUCGCGGCUCCGGGGACGACAGGAUGCGAGAUUAAUAGUAAUCAGAAAGGAGUCUGUAUGGCAACGGGCUCUUGCAAGAGUUCGGGUGGGGUUUCAGAGGCGGGUCAUUGUCUGGGUGGUGUUGAUAACCAGGUUUGUUUUCUGGAAUAUUGGGUGAUGGUGAGAAACUGACGAAGAAAGUGCUGUACCUAUGGUUCUUGUGCCGUGAGUGGAACGGUUGGUAUCUGCCAGCCGACAAGUGGAUGUCAAGGUACCAGUACAGCGGGACAUUGUCCAGGCCCAGCAGAUAUCCAAUGCUGUACCAAGAAAGCGGCAACGCCUGCUCCUGCUCCUGCGACAGCACCGGCACCAAAACCGAGUGGUGGGAACUGUGCGAAUCCUACGGUCAAUGAAGCGACUUUGAAACUACUUCAGAGUUUUGAAGGAUGGUAUCCAAAUGCUUGUAAGUAUGCCUUUUAACAAACAUAACAUUCGAGAGAGUCUGAUGAAAACCACAGAUAAAGACCCAGAUGGAAACCCAACCAUAGGAUAUGGACACCUCUGCUCCUCAGCCUCCUGCUCAGAAAUCAAAUACAAAACCCCCCUCUCCAAAGCAGACGGCGACAACCUAAUGCAAGAUGAUCUCUCGGUUCGUCAUCACCACCUUCUCCCUACAUCUCCCUCCCCCUCCCCCUCUCCCCUCCAAACAAAACAAAACUAACCAACCACCUCCCAGAGGUUCCGCCAAUGCAUCGCCAAACAAGUAAAACCAAAACUCAACGCCAACCAAUUCGGCGCCCUGGUCGAUUGGGCAUUCAACGUCGGAUGCGGCAACACGGAAUCCUCGUCUCUCGUGAAAAGACUGAAUGCGGGCGAGGCUCCGGAUACGGUUGCCAGUCAGGAACUGCCUAAGUGGAAUCAUGGGAAGAAUGGGGUGCUGCCGGGGUUGACGAGGAGGAGGGCUGCGGAGGUGGAGUUGUUUAGGAGUGCUACUGGGACGCCGGCUUGUUAG